CUAGGCGGAAUUCAUUAAUCCAAAUCCUCUUCAGUUUUCUAUCUUUUUUUUACUUCAUACACACUUGCCUCCAUUUGCUUUUAUUCACUCGCAUUUGUUAUUGCCAGUGUUAAAUGACCAGUAAUAAUUCUAUCGUUAAUAUCUCCACAAUCGCGUCAUAGUCCCUGAGAAUGACCGGCCCGGCCAAGAAGUUUCUCCGGGUCUUGCAACGCAUUUCCAGCUCGUCAGUAUCGCGGCAGGAUAGACUUGACGUUUUGUUUGGGAUUUUCUUCGCCCACCUCGCGCUCACAGUAUGGAGUGGCAUGUGCGGAUGUCUCGACAGCGGUUUCUUGCUCUACAACGGCAUCCUCCUCGUUACCAUCAUAUGGAGUCUGCACCACCAUGAAUCGGAGGAAGCUCCCUUCACAGCCUUUUGUGUUAACAUCCUUGCCAUCCUGUUUGACAUUGUUAAUAUGUCUUUAAAUUGGCCUGUUCUCCAGGUUGGAGGGGCCAUGAAAUUCGGAGCAGCCAUGGCUAUCCUGAAUCUCCUGUUGCGGCCUGUGUCAAGCUACCUCCUCUUCCGCAUAGUCCAGGACCGAGCAGGGCCAGAGGGCUCCUUUGGGCUGCCCUUGGGUUUCGACAGCCUCUUUGGUAUCCGGCGCAGCCCUUACGAAGACAUCGACCAGGCCUCGCAACAGACGCCCUUAGGGACCGACCCCGAGAACACCGCCGCUUCAGGGCCUCAGGCAGCAAAGGUCAUCGUCACCUAGGCUCCUCCAGCCUGAAGCUCCAAGCCUUUAAGCUUUUUGUUGGCGAGUGGACAUUAUUUUCAGCUUCUUCUGUAGCCGUGGAUGACGGAAGAGAAUAGUUUAGUUUUUUAAAAACAUUUCGCUGAUAUAUUUAUCCGAUUUAUGGAAUGGAGAAUGGAAAUGUCUUUGUAAUAUUUAUGAUUAUACGUAUUUUAACACACACAUAGAGAGAGAAAUUGAGCUUUUGAAAUAAAGGAAAGAGUGCCAGAGUUUGCGCAGUAUACGAUUUCAUUAGUCUUCUUGAUUCGUGUCCGUUGCUUCUCUUCAUUUUUCAUUAUUGUUUUACUUUAUUCAAUUUUUUCAAAUCUGAAGUUGGAAAAAUUAUUUGCGUACAUUAUAGUAUGAACAUCUCGGAGGCAGCGGUUAUAACAGUGUGGUCAAGCUAGCUGAGAAAUAAUUAUUUCUAAGUCCUAUGCUGUACUUACGUUAAUAUGUAUUGAACUGUAGAAGUAGGAAAAGAAUAAGUAUAACAACAUAGUUAAAUGGAAUCAUCAUGGAAUGUUGUCCAAAUACGAAAGUGAAAGUGCGUGAAGUUCAAAGGUUUAAUAUCAUUCUGAAAAUAUAUAAGAAAAUCAUUAAAAUCAA